GACAGUUCCCAGGUAGGGGAGAGAGGGCAGGAAGGGGGAGACAGUUCCCAGGUAGGAACAAGAGCUCAAGAGGAGGAGAGACAUUUUCCAGGUAGGGGAGAGAGGGCAGGAGGGGGGAGACAGUUCCCAGGUAGGAACAAGAGCUCAAGAGGAGGAGAAACAUUUUCCAGGUAGGGGAGAGAGGGCAGGAGGAGGGGAGACAGUUCCCAGGUAGGAACAAGAGCUCAAGAGGAGGGGAGACAGGUCCCAGGUAGGGGAGAGAGGGGAGAAGUAGAGAUCAUUGGAGUGCUGAAUUGGGGGUAUGAUGACACUGCCCUGAAUGACUCCUGAGCUGAGAUUGUGAUGGGGGGGUGAGUGUUGGCUGAUGAGCUGCCCCCCAGGCAUUACCUGUGCCCCCUCAGUGUAUGGGCUAGAGCAGGGUGGGGUCAGAUUGGGGCAUGAGGCAGAGAGGGUGCAGCAGGGAGCCCACUGCAGAGCUAAUUAUUAGUGCAUGAGCCCACGCUCCAGUGUUACUGUUGUGCUGCAGUGCAGAGGUUAAUAGUCCCAGUUCCUCCUCCUCCCAUUUCCCUUCCAGUAAUGCUGCAGUCCUUCCCAUCCCAUGUGCUUCUAUAUGGGCUGCUCCACUGCUGUAGGGGAGAGCUUAAUCCUGUCGGUGCCCCCACUCCCUGACUCCAGUGCUGCAGUGGAGGGGUUAAUAACCUGGGUGCCCCCUCUCCCUACAUCCAGUGCUGCAGCCUCCAGUAGAUCCCUCCUCCUGCAGAGUGAUUAGGAGGUUGGGUGGGGGGAGAGAAGGAGGGAACCCAUCCAUUCCCCGAGUACAGAUAAGAAAUAGCAGCCCCUCCGUGACUCUGGUGCAUCUGCUGGACCCUCCACCACAAAUUCCAGACGACAAGCCAGAAUUCAGGCUGAUGAAUGGCACAAUGGGCUGUUUCUCUGAAUGUCUAAGCUGCCCUAUCCAGCAGGGCAGGAGCAGAUAGAGAGUGCAGCGAGAGUGCAUGCCAGGCACAUGCAGACGAAUGCAGUGGAGCAGAACAGGAGCUGAAAGGGAUACAACUAGUAAAGGGCACAAAGAUAUUGGAAAAGGUGUGAGUUGGUGGCUGCCCAUGGCCUGGAGAUGACCACAUGUCUGAACAUUGCUAAUUGAUGGUACCCUAAAGUUGACUCAGAAUGGCAUAUACGUAGGACCCCCCAAGCCUCACUAAAUGGACUGGUCACAAAACUGGUGCUCCAACUACUCUCCAGCUCCAAUUCACUUACACCGUGUCUGGAAUUCUUUGGGUCUUAAUUUCACCUAAAAUACUGUAAUCCGACCUAGUCCAGGGGUACAUGGUCAGAUUCUGGAGUCAGCCUUUGGACUUUUGGCUGCUGAAUACUAAGCCAAUACAUCAUGGCGGCCGGAGUGGCUACCUGGCUUCCCUUUGCUCGUGCAGCAGCGGUGGGGUGGCUUCCUCUAGCAAAGAGGCCUAUGCCCAAACCUCCCAGUGACAAACGCAUGAAAAGCGAUGAAAUCCUAGUGGUGAAUGUGAGUGGCAGAAGAUUCCAGACCUGGAAAAACACUCUGGAUCGUUACCCAGACACCUUACUAGGCAGCACUGAGAAAGACUUCUUUUUCAACCAAGAUAGCCAGGAAUAUUUUUUUGACCGCGAUCCAGAGAUGUUCAGGCACAUCCUCAACUUUUACCGCACAGGCAAGCUGCACUAUCCCCGCCAUGAGUGUAUCCAAGCCUUUGAUGAAGAGCUCUCAUUCUAUGGAAUUAUCCCUGAAAUCAUAGGGGACUGUUGCCUAGAAGAAUAUAGAGACCGCAAGAAGGAAAACCUGGAGCGGCUGGCGGAGGACACAGAAGCAGAGACAGCAAACGAUACCUCGUUGCCCCCUGACAGUACUUUCCGCCAAAGACUCUGGAGGGCUUUUGAGAACCCUCACACCAGCACUAUGGCUCUUGUCUUCUAUUAUGUUACUGGUUUUUUCAUAGCUGUGUCAGUCAUUGCCAAUGUGGUGGAAACAGUGCCCUGCCGCCCACCAGCAGGACGGUUGAAGGAGCUGCCAUGUGGGGAGAAAUAUGAUCUGGCUUUUAUCUGCAUGGAUACGGCCUGCGUCCUUAUCUUCACCUUUGAGUACCUCAUGCGUCUGUUUGCAGCUCCAAGUCGCUGUAAAUUUAUGCGCAGCGUCAUGAGUAUCAUCGAUGUUGUGGCCAUCAUGCCCUUUUACAUUGGUUUGGUAAUGCCAGAGAAUGAGAACGUCAGCGGUGCCUUUGUCACUCUUCGAGUUUUCCGUGUCUUCCGUAUUUUCAAAUUUUCCCGUCACUCCCAGGGACUGCGCAUCCUCGGCUACACGUUGAAGAGCUGCGCCUCCGAGCUUGGCUUUCUGCUAUUUUCCCUCACCAUGGCCAUCAUCAUCUUUGCCACUGUUAUGUUUUAUGCAGAGAAGGGGACAAGCAAGACCAAGUUCACCAGCAUCCCUGCUUCAUUCUGGUAUACCAUCGUCACCAUGACAACCCUUGGGUAUGGAGAUAUGGUUCCUGACACUAUAGCUGGGAAGAUAUUUGGAUCUAUCUGUUCACUCAGUGGGGUUCUGGUCAUUGCUCUGCCGGUCCCUGUCAUUGUCUCAAACUUCAGCCGCAUCUACCAUCAGAACCAGAGGGCUGACAAGCGCAGAGCACAGCAAAAAAUCCGACUGGCUCGAAUCAGACUGGCAAAAAGCAACACUACAGGAGCCUUCCUGCGCUACAAGGAGAGCGGAGGCCUGGAGGAGGGAACUGAAAGCCAUGCUCUGUGUGUGAAGAAUCGUUCAGCAUUUGAACUUCAACAUCACCACCUCCUCCACUGCCUGGAGAAGACCACAUGCCAUGAGUUUACAGAUGAGCACACAUACAGUGAGGCUCUUAUGACGGAAUCAAUUGGGUAUCGGACCAGCCGCAGCACUUCAGUGUCCUCCCAGCAAGGAUUUGGCACAUCAUGCUGCCCGCGCCGUAACAAGCGCCGGGCUAUCCGCCUUGCCAACUCCACAGUAUCUGUCAGCCGUGGCAGCAUGCAGGAGCUGGAUACUCUACAUGUGCACAAGGGUCUCUCCCAAAGUCGUUCGAGCCUUAAUGCCAAAAUACACGGGAACAUGAAACUGAAUUGUGAGACGUCGGACCUUACGGCUGCCAUCAUUAGCAUUCCCACUCCCCCGGCCAACAGUCCUGAUGAGAGCCAGUCCUCCUCCCCGAAUUCUGGUGUCCUGAGAAACUCCAGCAUCACAGCCAGAUACUACCAGGAAACAGUCCGGAUCUCCAGCCUGUAGCACCGGAUCCAACACUAACACACUGUGACCAACAAUCUGCACCACAUCCUUCAGAUAUGUAACUGACACUACUACACAGUGACUGCAUCUCUAAAUAGCACAGUACCACAACACUGCCUCCAUACACUACUGAAUGACACAACGCCGCUACACAAAACUGACUGUACACACCACUGGUCCAUGAAAUUGCAGCACAACAAGCCUUUCUAUGAGUAGCAGAUAAUAUAUUAAACCCUGGAGCAGCAUGUACACUGAAGCUCUGCAUGCACACAAAGGGAACAAUGCACGCACAAGCACACACACAUACAUUAUACACACAGCACUGCAUGCACAAGUAACAAUGUGCACAAGCAGGCUCACACACAAACCAAAUUGCUAUGAGCAACAUUGAGCACUCCAAAUAGACACACACACACACUGUAACAACAGCACUGUGUAUACAAAAGACACAAAGGCACAAAUUACAACAUGUAAAAACUACAACUAGACACAUCCUUUCUUUACACACUAACACACAUGCUGCAAACAGAUACACACGGUACAUGCACAAUAGUGCAAAGUGGAAGAAAAUGCACAAAAAGGAAAGUAAAUCUAUGCACACAUAUAGGAUUUGUGUAUGUGAUGUGUGUAUCUAUCUAUACCACGUGUAUAAGGCAGAAGAUAAUGAGGUCAGUAUAAGACAGAUAAAAUGGCAUAGAUUUGUGAAUAUAUCUGUAUGCACAAAUGCUGCGUAUAUGUAUAUGCACAAGAAUGUAUAUGCAGUCUGUAUAUAGACAAGUGCAUGUACAACAAUGGCUAGAGGAGCAGGCAACGCACACAAUGUAUAUGUCAAUGCACAGCGCCACAUACUGUCCAUCCUUCCAGAUAUAUGCAACUAGAUGAGAGAGCCUGUAAUAUGGCUAGAUGACUGGAAGCAGAGCAGGGGAUACACUGGGUGCUGGCUGUACCCCACCUCUGUAUAAGAAAUCAGGAGAUGGGGGAGCCACCCUCACAGAGUAGGAGCUUUUGACUCAGGGACACAAAGAAAUGAUGCUUCCUCUAACAUGUGGCUCGGGACAAUGGGAGCCUGUGUAAGUGCAAUACAUGAUGGACUCUAAUCAGCCCCUGUAACCAAUGGACAAAUCAGCCCCCUUGUGUGUAUAAUGCCACUGCUUUGUCUGUCUUUGUCUUCUCCAACUACAAGGACCAGCUCUGUACAAUGCAGGGGCUGACAGGCUUGUGUGUAAUUUCAGCUCUGAAUGUUGUGUCCUUUGUAUAGAACUUUCUGUCCCCUCUGUUCUUCUCCUUGAAAGGUAACCUACAUGUGCUGUGCUGCUGUCAAUAGGCAUCAAAUAGGAUGUGAAAGUAAUGAAGCCAUGGGUGAUUGUCGUACAAUCAUUGCGGGCCACACUGGUAAUGUGUGUACUGAUGGCAGAACAGUGGGUACAGCAGCACCCCAAGCAAACAAACUCUUCUAUGCAUGCUAUGACUUCUGUACCCUUCCAGCUGGUUUCCAGGCUUGGCCGGGAGCCAGGAUUUGUGCACACGUGAGCACAGUGUAGUCACACACACAGCCAUAUUUAGGUGGAUGAGGACACAGGCAUCCAAACAAGACCUGGUGCCGUUCUAGGUACCAGUGCAAAGUGUUACACAAGGCAAUAUUAGCAGUGCUGAAUCCUUAUCAUACUUGUCAUGUUCUUAUUUGUAAAGGCACCAGCCCCGCAAAUGUUACCAAGAAAUCAUUAUUCAUGAUACAGUGGCAAACCAUUGCUUUCCUUGUUUCAUUGUAUUAGUAAGAGCACCAAUUGCUGCCUUCUACCUGUACCCACAAUCUCUUAUCCAUAGGAGCUGCAUAGCACCCUCACUGCACCAACAAUAUUUUUUGCUAGGUUGCACCACUCUUCACUACCUGAGAACUGCUGACUACUGAGCAUAUUUAUCUAGGCAUAAUCAGCAGCCAUCCUUCUAGGGGAAAGAUCUGCACAAUAUCCAUGUUGCAACUCAUAAGCCCUGUCACGAAUAUUGAUUGGCAGACUUGGAUCUGAUUGUAAGGUAAAUGUAGAUCUAUCUCUACUACCAGUACACAUACAUGCAUGCUUGAUUGCUCCCUUGAUACCCAAACAGGGUAUACAUCCAUAUGUAAGUGAAAUCCUUCCACCCCAUUACUCAUUGGAGGCCAUUACUUUCUUAAAGCUUAAAUGUGGACAUCAUAUUGCUGUUUUUCGUAACAACAGGAUAAGACUUGUAAUAGAUGUGCUAGGAAUAAUGCACCUUUUAGCGUGAAUAAAACCAUGGAUUCUCUGAAAUGAAUAGAGGACCCAGUCCCAAAGGAAUCAAUUUGCUAAAAAUAAAGCUGGAAAUGAAAGGCACAUAAGCAAAGCCUGUUUGGAGAUGGAAUGCUAGUAAACAGUACGGCUCAGGCUGGUGAGUAAGGGUGACUGAUGGAUCCAGGAUCCUUAUCAUAUACUGCUAUAGAGAGGGUAUCAUUGGUAAGAGAUUGGAGUAGCCAAUAUAUAUACUAUUUUCUAUUUUUUUGGGGGGUGGGGUGUUAUACAGAGUACGAUACAAUGUGCAGCACAUGCCAUCCACUCCCUCAUUUCCUUAAAAAGACUGAAAUGGCUGGGCCACCUUGCUCCCUGACCCAGCCUACAUGAUUAAAUGCUGAAGUGCUGAAGGGCCCUCACCAUUCUCAGGAAGUCACAGAUACGGUGACACGUCAGACACUUAACACUCCAUGCUGGUGCCCAGUCCUCCAAAUGUCCUGUGCCCAUCUGCCACAUCUUUGUCUUCCAUGCAUGUUUACUGUCUAGUGGAUGUUAUCUCCUCAUGGAGAACCUUUCAGAAACCCUUUCUUUUCUUUUUACUGUCCUUUCUUUUGGAGAUGACAAGAUUGAUGCAAAAUAAAAUAUAUAUAUCUAUAUA